AUGAACUUACUACGUGAAUUGCAGUCAAAUGAGCCUUUGGACUAUAAAAAUUACUUACGGAUGGAAAACCAUUCAUUUUUUGAGCUUCUAAACUUAGUUAGCCCGUAUAUUGAGAAGAAAAAUACUGUUAUGCGUGAAAGCAUUUCUGCAGAGGAACGAUUAGUUGCUACAUUACGAUUCUUAUCUACCGGACGCAGUUAUGAGGACCUCAAGUAUUCGUGUGCAGUCUCAGCCCAGGCUCUUGGGAAGAUAAUUCCUGAAACCUGUUGGGCAAUAUAUCAAGUUUUGAGUGAUUUCAAAAUGCCUAAAAGUGAAGUAGAAUGGCAGCAAAUAGCAAGUGACUUCAAAAAUCAAUGGAACUUUGAUAAUUGUUUAGGAGCUAUGGAUGGCAAACACAUUGUAAUUUCAAAGCCACCAAAUAGUGGGUCCUACUACUAUAAUUACAAAGGAACAUUUAGUGUUGUUUUAUUCGGGAUAGUAAACGCAAACUAUGAAUUCAUUUAUGUAAAUAGUGGCACUAAUGGCAGAGUAUCGGAUGGAGGUAUUCUUAGACAUACAGAUUUUUUCAGAAAAUUAGAAAAUAAUGAGUUACAAAUACCAUCUCAUCGAUGUCCCCCACAAGUUGAUUAUAAAUUACCAUAUGUCUUUCUUGGGGAUGCGGCCUUUCCUCUAAUGGAGAAUUUAAUGAAGCCAUAUUCCACACAUUGUUCAGGUCACGAUGAACAUAUAUUUAAUUAUAGAUUAUCUCGGGCCAGGAGAGUGGUUGAAAAUUCCUUUGGAAUUUUGGCAUCACGGUUUCGAAUAUUUUUGCAACCAAUAAAUAUUGAUGUCAAACAUGAAGAUGCGGUAGUUAUGGCUAGCUGUGCCUUACAUAAUUACCUGAGACGAAAUUCAAGCACUCACUACACCUCAACUAAUCAUUUGGAUUAUGAGGACAUUGACAAUGGAAAUGUUAUUCUAGGUCAAUGGCGACAAGCGGGCGAUUUGGUUCCACUGCAAAGAUCAACGUUUGUUGCACCUCGCGACGCAAAAACUAUCAGAGAUCAGUUUAAAAAUUAUUUCACUAAUGAAGGAAAAGUAUCAUUUCAAGAGACAAUGAUUAAUAAUAGAUAA